AUGCCGCUUAAAGUGCUCUCCUCAGACGAUUGGUUCGAAAUCGCGCUGGUAAAGCAAACUACGGCAUCCAUCAGUUUCCAGUGGACCUUCCGCAAUCCUCUCGAUGUGCCGUACGAUCUGUUCAAGGUGGAAAAGUGCUACAGUGUCAAGCGCGAUCAGUGGGAGAUGGUGUACUGGGGUACCGGGACGACGUUGACCGUGCGUUGUCUAGAGCAGAACCUUUGCUACUCGUUCCGUGCAAGUAUCCUACAUCAGCCGACUGAUGGUGCCGACUUCCAGUACGCCUACCAGUCACCCAUCUUCAAGGCUUGCACACUCCCGAACGUACCAUCCACGAUGGGACUCUACCGGGCGGUGAAGAAGAGCCAACCGGGACUAGUACGACGGCUUCUGCAUGCUCGCCCCGAGUUGGUCAACGUGCCCGUACAUGGGGAAACGUUCCUCUACCUGGCCGUGCGCAGCGGAAACCUGGACCUAGUGAACGUACUGCUGGAUGGAGGUGCUAACAUCGAUCAGGGCGUACCGGAUACGAGCGUCACUCCACUUCACCUGGCGGUAUACCGACGCAAUCUGGCUCUGGUGCGACACUUGAUCGAAAAAGGUGCGAACGUGCAGGCACAGAACUGCGUCGGAAUGACCAUCGGCCAUUAUGCGAUCGACACGGACGACCUGGCGAUGGUGAAGUACGUACUUGCGCAGGGUAUCAGUCAGGAGGCGCGUGAUCGAUGCCAGUGGACGUUGAUCUUCCGUGCGAUAUAUAUGCGCGCCUCGAUCGAAAUUGUGCGCCACCUACUCGAGCGCAAGUGUCGGCUGAAGGUGAAGGACCGUUUGCGCCUAACGCCCCUCUAUUACGCGCAGAUGGACGGCCGAGAAGGUAUUCUGAGGUUGCUGCGCCGACGCUUGAAGAUUUAA